AUUGCUCCACGCAUAACUCAAAGCCGAUAAAAAUCGAAGAAAAACACUCGAGUUACUUUCCUUAUAUCAUGAAUUGCGUUGAAAGUAAUAAAACUGAAAGUCAAACAUCGAUUCAAAGAUUUUACGCAGGACAGUCGAUUUUCAUUACAGGAAGUACUGGAUUCCUUGGUAAGACCUUGGUUGAAAAAUUAUUGCGUAGCUGCCCCGAUAUCUCCAAGAUAUAUUUACUGAUACGUUCAAAGAAAAGCAAAGAUCCCAAAAUCCGACUGAAUGAACUGUUCGAGUCUCCGCUUUAUAACCGACUGAAAGAGGAAGUACCUCACUUUCGCAAGAAAAUUGUACCGAUUACAGGCGAUCUUGAAGCCAACGGUUUGGGAUUGUCUGAAAAUGAGAAGGACAUACUAAUACAAAAAGUGUCCAUAGUUUUUCAUGUGGCAGCGACUGUACGCUUCAAUGAGAACAUAAAAACUAGUACGGCAUCAAAUGUUACCGCUUCCUGUGAACUUUUCAAUAUCAUUAAAUGUAUGACAAACUUAAAGUCAUUUAUACAUGUAUCGACCAUCUAUUCGCAAUUCCAUGUCCGACAUAUCGAGGAGCGUUUUUAUAAAUGUCCCAUCGACUAUAAAAGUCUUAUCGCCUUGACAAAUACUCUUUCGGAAAAUGAACUUGACAAAUUUAUACCUAAAAUCUCUUCACAAUGGACGAAUACUUACACAUUUACGAAAGCUAUAGCGGAAGAAUUCUACAGAAUUGAAAGUGGAAAUGUGCCAAUGGGGAUAUUUAGACCAUCUAUAGUGAUAAGUAGUGUUAGCGAACCGGCAAAAGGAUGGGUAGACACUUUUUAUGGUCCGACGAGAUUGACAAUGUUUUCUAUGCUCGGUUGGUUGAGAUUUCAUUACUGCAAUAACGAAGUGAGAACAAAUAUUAUACCUGUUGACAUUACUAUAAAUGCUUUAAUCGCCAGUGCAUGGGACGUUUUUAAUCAACAAUGCAGAAGAGGCAAGAACAUGUUAAUUUACAAUAGCGUGUCGCCAAAUGACAUGCCGAAGUGGGGCCAAUACAUCAAUUACGUACACAUCUUGUGCGAAAGAUAUCCUUGUAAUAAUAUCAUAUGGCUGCCGCAUACCAUAUUUGUUCGACAAAAAAUAAUAUACAAAAUAUGUAUUUGGCUGGCUCAUUUGUUGCCGGCCUUUUUGGUGGACAUGGCAAGAGUGUGCAUGGGUCGUAAACCAAAAAUGUGGACAUUAUAUAAAAAGAUUCAUAUAGCUUGCGAAGCAGUCGCACCGUUUUGUCUUAACGAAAACAUUAUCAGCAAUGAUAAUGUUGAAGCAAUGUGGAAUAAUAUGAGCAAGGAUGAUCAGCAAUUAUUUAAAUUUGACAUGAAGGCAUUUGAUUGGCCGACUUAUCUCUCUGAUUAUUACAAAGGAAUACGUUUAUAUUUACUCAAUGAAGAUGACAGUACCUUGAAAAUUAAUCGUAUUAAAUAUAAGAGACUUUACUGGAUGCAUCAAAUCCUCAAAACUGUACUUAUCUUAGGCACAUUAUGGAUCUUAUGGAACAUACUUGCAAACGUAUUUUACUAAUGUUCUAUUAAUCAACUAAUGUGUUAAUAAAACACAAUUAAUUUGAUGGUUCUGGUGAGGGAAAUUUAAUAAAAUUAAAUUUUUAUUGGAAUUACGACGGAAAAAACUUUUCUGGAAGAUCUUAGUAUUAAUAAAUCGACAAAGCACCAUACUAAUCCAACCUGCAUAAGAUAUAAUAAAGAAAAAAUUUUAAGAGAGUAUGAAAAUUUUCCAGAUCAAAGAUUAGAUCAGUGAUUUCCAAAGUAUGCGCCGUGGGAUAUUCGAUAAUUUUAAUAAUUCCAGGCAAUCUUAAUUCAAUGCGCCGCUUCACGGUCCAAUGAUAGGAAGCGACAUCUACUUGGCACAUCACGAAUUACUCUUUAUCUAUUA